CACAAACUAGACUACGUACACCAUGAUAACACCAUCCGCGGAGCCACCGUUUUGACGGCAGCCUCAUUCAUUUUCCAUUUGCCAUGACAACCAACACCACCGCGCAGGCUUCGACAACGUCGUCGACGUCCUCGCACAACGACAGGCACUCCGACAGCUACCACACGCUCGUGGACGACCAACACCACAGCAGCUUCUCGUACAGUCAUCAGUUCCCGUCAAAUGCAGCCAAGCCGUUUGUCCGCGGGUCCAACCACACUCCCAACCCCUUCAUCCGAGGAUCUAUCAUCGAUCGCGAAAUCCCCGCCAUGCCCGAGGAGUGUAUGGCUACCGGGCCUCCCAAGCGCGCCUACAACGGAAAGAUCAAGAGAUGGCCAGGGGUGGUCCUGCUCGUGAUGAUCGUAGGUGGCGCCCUCGUUGCGAUCGUCGUGUACUCGCUGCAAACCCACGAUGCCUCCAUCAAGCGCCGUCGAGAUGUCCAGCGCGCGAUCGCAGACCGCGUGCGUAUUGCCGACGGGCUGGACAUACCCACAGGAAUUGAGCGGCCCAACGAUGACGAGAGCGACGAUGGCGUGAUCAACAACCCCAAAGUGUACAAAUCCAUGGAAUGCGAACUGCCGAAUUACGUGAGCAAGAAGGGCAAGAUCUGGGCCGUGUCCAAGAAUGGAACUGAAGUGCCCGUGGGCAUCAAGGGCGUCAACUGGUUUGGCAUGGAAACCGGCAUGCAAGCGCCGUUUGGGCUGUGGGACAACGAACACAACGGCACCACCUAUGCGAUUGCCGACUUUCUCGCUGCCAACAACUUUAACAGCGUGCGGUUGCCAUUGUGUGUGCAAAAUAUCCUCGACAACAAGCCAUUGCAAGCGGCGAUCGUAAACAAGCAGACCAACCGCGCGCUCGACUUGAGUUCAUAUGUGAGCUUGAUUCAGUCGAUUGUCAAGGGCUUGGGGUUCCGCCACGUGUCGGUGAUGCUAUCCAUGCACACAUUGGACUUGAUGAACACGGCGGGGUCGCUGUGGUACGGCGUCGGGAUCACAGAGGAGCAAUUUCUCACGUCUAUCGACGUCUUGACGACUGCGUUGUGCACCAACGAGUACUGGAACGUACUUGGCAUCGACCUAAAGAACGAGCCGUGGCAGGGGACGUGGGGCACGGGCCUGGCCAAUGAUUUCCGCGUCGGCGCCGAAACGAUCGCCGCGCGGAUGCUCGAGAAGUGUCCGAAAUGGCUCGCGUUUGUGGAAGGAGUGAACGACCAGCAUGACAUUGUCCUAGACGGGCAAGAGUAUGGGUACUACGACUGGUUUGGCGGCGGGUUGCAUAAAGCCAAGCUGUAUCCGCCGCGGUUUCCAGUACCCGAUAAGCUCGUGUACGCGCCGCACUAUUACACGCCAGCUGUGUUUCCGCAAAUGUAUCUGUUUGGAGGGGGUGUCGUGGGCAAAGGCAACGUAAUUGUCGACUACGUUGAGCUCGCCAAUGCCAAGCUAUACAACCGCGUGAAAGCCACCAUGUACGAUAUGUUUGGGUACCUAAAUGAAGACAAGGGACCGGCGGUCGUGCUCGGCGAGUUUGCCGGGUUGUACACGAAGGAUGCACACCCGAUGAAAACUACCCAGAGGUGCACAGACUUGACGAUUCAAAUCAUGGUUGAAGAAGGGUAUGCUGGCGGGUACAUGUGGAGCUUAAACCCUGAAAGCGCGUACCAGUACAACCCUGCCGACAAGGCAGGACACUUUGUCGAAGGGCUGAUGCAAGACGACUGGCGAAAGGCCAACCUUCCGUUCUUGAAGGCGAUGAAGGGAUUGGACGCGCUGCCCGAUUUGAAACCCAUGCCGUGCUUUCCCAUAGUCAAGGCAAACGAGUAAGGUAGAAGAAGUAUUUAUAUAUGUAGAACGAGGGGGCGUAUGCUAAUAAUGUGAUCAUCCCAAAAGACGCG